GCAAAAUCUCGCCUAUCAUGUAAAAGACAACCCUAAAUUAUUCAUGUGCAAGUAAUGAAGUCCAUUAAUAUGUUGAACAUAGAUUUAUUCUAAAAGUAAACCUAAUUUGAUAAUGUCAAUAUUGGUAUUUCAAUUGACAAAGAAAACUCCUAUGCUGGAUUGUAAAAGAAGAGGCAGCUUCAAAAUAGAGACACAACCACUCAAACCUAACAGAAGACAGAUUUACAGUCAAAUAGUGGUUUAUAGAAAUCAUCAUCACUCUCUUAAUUUUAUCGACCUUCAUCCUCAAAUGAUAAACAUUCUUAUUAACACUAGAAUACGUAUGCAUACUUAAAAGACAUGAAAAACUCAUCAUAUAGUUAGUAACUUUAGUAGAGUAGUUAUUAAAAGCGUCACACUUCCUCUAAGCAAGUCAAAGAACACAAUUCUAAAUAAGUCUAAUACCCUUAGAAUAUUUAAUUGAGACUAAAUUCACUUGAAAGUUAUGAAGACAAGAAGCUUAAUCUUAAAUUGAUGAAGAGUAGUUUAUAAAAACAACAAAAUCUGAAAUCAAAAGAUCUCUCAGAAUUUAAAAAUUAUUAAAUUUUGGACAAUAAGACAGAAAAAUAAAAAUACAAAGGAUUAUUGGCUAAAUACUUUCAAAUUAGUUAACAUAAAAUUGCUGAUGAGAAGAAAUAAACAAAAGAUGUAAAACAAAUUUAUAAUAUGUACACUUAAAUCAAAGAUAUUAAAAAUUGUAAUACAAAUUAAUUAAAAUAAACUCAAGAAAAGAAGAAAGGGCAACUUUAGGAAUUUGUCACAUAAUUAAAUGGAGACACUUUCGGAGCUAUAUAGAAAUUAUAAAUGAGUAAUACUCUCAUCAAAUCUGAUAGAUAACAAUCGAGUGAUGUUAAAUAAACUCAUCACAACAAAAUUAGUGUGACGUAACAAAAUGAACCUGUAAAAAUAAUCAUAUUAUCAUACUUAGUUUCUAUAUUACAUAUCUUCAAUUAUAUCAGCAUUAAGAGUCAAGGAAUAAAAUAAAUAUGACGAGAAAGUAAGGGAUCACUUUGCAUAAACCUACUAAGUAAAAUAGAUUUUUAAAUCAAGGGGUUAUUGUUUGCAAGUCAAUUUGAUUUGAAUUUUGACGAGGAUAAAAUAUUAAGUCUUCCAAGAUCUAACAAUUUAAAAACGAUUGUUUUUGAUUUAGAUGAAACAUUAAUUCAUUGUAAUGAAAAUGCAUAGAUUCCUGGAGAUGUCAUCCUUCCUAUUACAUUUCCAAAUGGUGAAACUGUUCAGGCUUCAAUAAACAUUAGACCUCAUGCUUAGAAAGUGUUAUAGACACUCUCUAAACAUUUUGAGAUCAUCAUCUUCACAGCUUCACAUUCAAGUUAUGCAAACAUUGUGAUUGAUUAUUUGGAUCCAAAAAGAUAAUGGAUAUCUCAUAGACUGUUCAGAGAGAACUGUGUAUAGACACCUGAAGGGGCCUACGUAAAAGAUUUAAGGUAAAGCUUAAGUAUUUUUAGAGUAUUAGGAAAUAGGAAAUUAUCGAAUGUACUUUUGGUAGAUAAUGCUUCAUAUUCUUUUGGUAAACAGAUUGAAAAUGGAGUGCCAAUCAUCUCUUUUUAUGAUAAUUAUGAUGAUUAGGAGUUGUUACAUUUACAACACUAUUUGUUGAGUUUUAGACAUGAGAAGGAUGUGAGAGAUUUAAAUUAAAGAAUGCUAAAAUUAAAUUAAUUCACCAAUUAUUAAGAUCUAAAGGAACUACUGUAAGGUUUAUUUGAAAUGUACAUAUGA